AUGCAGAUCAAAAGUCUGAUUGCCGUCGCCAUUGUUGGCUUGAGCCCUAUUGUCAGCGCCACCGCCUUUACAUGCCCUAGUAACAAGUACUUCUACUGUUGCACCAACUCCUCACCCUUGGGAGGAACCUGUGUUCCUGGCAACGCGGAUGUUGGCUGCCCCAAUACCGGACCGCUGUUCCAUGCUUGCUGCAGCAGCGGCGCUUAUGAAUGCACUUGGGCAACUGUCAAACCCGUGGGCGUUUUCACAUGCCUUUGCCCUUAA